GUCAGCUGCUGUCCUCCUCAUUCGCCUGGUCUGACGACCUUGACCUUCCAUGUGGCCGAUACUCUGGAUCCUGUUGGCAGUUCGAUGACGUACAGUCAGUGUCUGUCUGUGAGAAGAAAUGUAUAACCUUCGGAAACUCGUGCAUGUCUUUCUCCUACGAACGGAAUUCCGGUCUCUGUACAAUUUCCAACAUGUCGUCUAGUAUACUUCCUGCCGGUUACGAAGAGUUUGUGAUGUCUAAUGAUGUCACCUUAUUUCAAAGAACAAGAGGUGAAGUAAGUGUCUUGUUUGAAAAGUGGCCAUACUCUUCACUACCUCGACCGAGUUCUUAUAAAACCAUCCUUCAGAAUAUAUCGUUGGACGCAUGCGCAGAAGAAUGCACCAGAAAUACCUACUUCCAGUGUCAAUCGUUCGGAUUUAGUUCAGUGCGUAAGAACUGUUAUCUAUCAGACACUAGAGCAGGCCAAGAGGGAGGUCGACUUGACUACCAUGAUGCCCUAGACCACUACGAGUACAGGCGGAACGGUACGAUGCUUCAAUGUAGUCACUUCGUCCCAUUAUAGGUUAAAAUAUUCCCCACAAACAAAGAUGACGUACAUUUUGUCAUAAGCGUCAUUGUUUGCAUUAUUUCAGUUUUAAAGUUUAAUAUGGAAUAUAGAUUUUGUCGUUAAUAGUUAUUGCCGUGCGACAUCUGUCCCCCCCUCCCACUUAACUUGUAUAUAUCGUAAGCUACCAGUACUUAUUCAAACGCAUAAUUUCGCAUUUAUAUUAACACAUAAUGUAUUACUCUGAUUUGUGACGAUAAAUAUAUUCCAUUACAACACAGGUCGUGAUUUGGAAACUUUUUGGACAUAUAUUAUAACUCAUUUUGUCCUGGCUUUAGACAUACAUAUCAAACAUGAUAAUUUAGGAUUUAAAACAUACAAAACACAAGAUAAAUAUGCUGGGAUGAUGGACAAUAAAGCUCAGCUCUAGAAGACGCACAGUCUAGAUCCAGAGAUAGUCACCUAACCACAAUUUUUACAGCGCUGUCUCAAACAAACGCCCUGUCUACAGAAAUUCCGAGUGGAUGACACCCCCCAACGUCAGAGAGCUCAUAAACAAGGGGAAUAACUUCAGUCGUAAUUACCAGAGUAAAAGGAAUGUCAUGUCUGCUAAUGGUUUUUGUAUUUGUCUAAAGUUUCUACAUCCUGUGACGAGCCGUCAGAGAAACAAAGUACGAAAACAUGUAUCAAUAUUUCUAUGAUACACGGCAUUAUAUGAAUUCAUUCAUUAAUUCAAUGUAAUGCAUGGUGCAAAUAUGGAGCGAAGGCUCUC